AUGUGUGCAGAUGUACAAGCACACUGCUACAUCAACUUCAUUAAUCAUGCACGAACACUGUCACCUAUUGGAGAUAAGACAUUUUCUUUCGUAAUAAAGGAGAAUAUUUAUUUUCAUUUUAAUAGAUCCUUAAUUUUACUUUCCCACCUUGCAACACAACAUCCAGAUGCCUUUAAUCGUACUUUCUCAAGAUUAAUUAAUUAA